GACCGUUCAAAAUGGCAGGCAGACUAAACUUGUUUAAUUCUUGCAAGGUUUUCCUGUCAACAUGCAGGAGGAGAAAAUUCAGUACAAACCGGGUUUUGACAGCAAAGGUGACUGUCAGAGAUGCAUUGAAUGCAGCAAUAGAUGAGGAAAUGAACAGGGAUCCCAAUGUGUUUUUGAUGGGUGAAGAGGUGGCCCAGUAUGAUGGUGCAUACAAGGUGAGCAGAGGGCUGUGGAAAAAAUAUGGAGAUGGGCGGGUGAUUGAUACUCCAAUAACAGAGAGCGGUUUUGCUGGGCUAGCAGUUGGUGCGGCUAUGAAUGGUCUCAGGCCUAUUUGUGAGUUUAUGACAUUCAACUUCUCAAUGCAGGCUAUAGACCAGGUUAUUAAUUCAGGAUCAAAGACCCACUAUAUGUCAGCAGGAUUGAUCAAUGUGCCGGUCGUCUUUCGAGGUCCAAAUGGUGCUGCGGUUGGUGUAGGCGCGCAACAUUCUCAGUGCUUUGCUGCAUGGUAUAGCCACUGUCCGGGCCUGAAAGUCGUCUCUCCGUGGAGUUCUGAGGAUGCAAAGGGGUUGCUGAAAUCUGCCAUCAGGGAUGAUAACCCAGUUAUCUGCUUGGAAAAUGAGCUCUUGUAUGGAGUAUCUUUCGACAUGCCAGAUGAAGCUAUGUCAGAGAACUUUGUAAUUCCCAUCGGAAAAGCAAAGAUUGAAAGAGAAGGUAAACAUGUCACAAUAGUCGCCCAUUCAAAAUCUGUUGGCACUGCCAUGGACGCCGCUAAAGAUCUGGAAAGCCUCGGCAUAGAUGCUGAGGUUAUCAAUCUUCGCUCGAUUCGACCAUUAGAUGAAGAUGCUAUUGUGGCGUCUGUCAUGAAAACCAACCAUCUAGUUACCGUGGAAACUGGAUGGCCCCAGUGUGGAGUCGGGUCUGAAAUUUGUGCAAGAAUCAUGGAGAGCAAGGCAUUCAAUUACCUGGACUCCCCAGUUAUGCGAGUGACAGGAGCCGACUGCCCGACACCCUAUGCGAAGUUACUAGAACUCAAUGCUUUUCCCCAACCACAUAAUGUCGUGAAUGUUGUAAAACGAAGUUUGAACAUGAAGUAAUAUUUCCUGCAGCAAAUUAAGUAGUGCACUAGUUUAGAGCCAGCUUUGUGGGCAACUAGACAGAGUGGUACUCCGUAGUGAUUUUCACUAGAAUUUUGCUAGGCCAUCUCCUAAUGAGUUAUAGAUAUUUUUAGACUGGUUUCACUGCCAAUGCCUUUGCAGAAGCAUCGUGUAUUUCUUGCAAAUAUAAUCUCUUGUUCUUCAUCCAUAGAGUUAAGGUAAUAGUCUUAACUACAUUGUAUUGAAAUACUAAAUCGAUUACUGCCGAUUGUAUUCUCAUCAGUGUUGGUUUUAGAAUGUAGAGGAUAAAUGUAUAACUGCGUAAUAUCUAUUUAUACUAAAAAAGAAACCUUAUAGUAUAUAAGCUGUGAAGGAGAUGGGUUGCAGUACAAAACUGUUAACUAGGAUGCAUUGGGGCAAGCUUUGUUAGUACCAUACACGACAUUCAGAGUCAGCAACUAGAGAAAAUAGCAAGAUGAUAAAGGUCAUUGAAAAUGUACCGGGCAGAGACGGAUGUAGAUUUUGUGUUUUGUAGGUCAUAUCAUAUAAUUUUUCUGCCAUUGAGCUCACCCAUCCACCUGAUUUGUGUGUAGUCGAGGCAGCUUGUUUAAAACUUGUCACAGUAGCAGCACGAUGAAUUCGUUUAUAUUGUAAAUAAAUCCACUAAUAAGAGGAAUCCAAC